AUCGAUAUUACCGAUGCUUUGUAAAUAUCGAUGUUGCCAUCGAUGGUUUUCCACCGCCAAGCGACAAACCUUUGGACUUUCUGUGAUUUUGUAGCGAAGCUCCUUCUACUAUCUUAUCCCGAAAAUGUUUGCCAGCAACACGCGUAAUUUGAUGCGCAGCAGCAUUCUGCAGCGAUGCAAGAGCACUUUGGUGGUGGCCGAGCACAAUAAUGAGGCCCUCAACCCGAUCACCCUGAAUACUAUUUCCGCGGCCAAGAAGAUCGGCGGUGACGUCACAGUACUGGUGGCAGGCACAAAAUGCGGACCCGCUUCCGAGGCUCUUUCCAAAGUAGAAGGCGUGACCAAAGUUCUGGUGGCCGAGAAUGCCGCCUUCAAGGGAUUCACCGCGGAAUCACUGGCUCCUUUAGUCCUGGCCGCUCAAUCUCAGUUCAAGUUCACCCACAUCCUGGCCGGUGCGUCGGCUUUUGGCAAAAACGUGCUGCCCCGCGUGGCCGCCAAACUGGAUGUGUCGCCCAUUUCGGAGAUCAUUGAUGUCAAGUCCGAGGAUACAUUUGUGCGGACUAUUUACGCCGGAAAUGCCAUCCUCACUUUGAAAUCCAAGGAUGCCGUGAAGGUAAUUACUGUGAGGAGCACCAACUUCCCACCGGCAGCUACCAGCGGAGGAAGUGGAGCUGUGGAGCAGGCUCCAGCUGGAGAUUAUGCGAGCAGCCUGUCGGAAUUCGUCUCUCAGGAGCUGACCAAAUCCGAUCGCCCAGAGUUGGCCGGAGCCAAGGUGAUCGUUUCCGGAGGAAGGGGUUUAAAGUCCGGAGAUAACUUCAAGCUGCUGUACGAUCUGGCCGAUAAGUUUGGAGCCGCUGUGGGAGCCUCUCGUGCUGCCGUUGAUGCUGGCUUUGUGCCCAACGAUCUGCAGAUCGGUCAGACCGGAAAGAUUGUGGCUCCCGAGCUGUACAUCGCCGUUGGCAUCUCCGGCGCCAUUCAACAUUUGGCUGGCAUGAAGGACUCCAAGACUAUUGUGGCCAUCAACAAGGAUCCCGAGGCUCCCAUCUUCCAAGUCGCCGAUAUCGGCAUCGUGGCUGAUCUUUUCAAGGCUGUGCCCGAGCUUACUGGAAAGUUGUAAGGCGAGAGAUUGUCAUAUGUUGUAGUAUAAAGUUACGAUUGUGUACCGUUAAAUUGAUAACUGUUGCAUUUAUUUGAAUUUUUACCUAAGUCCACGGAAGAUUUUCCUCUCAAAUUUUGUAAUAAAACAAGCCGAAGACCUAUUCUAUGUGAA